AUGGCUCCUGAGACACUUUCUCGUAGUUCGCAGUCGUCUACUGGUAUAGUAUACAGAAGCGAUGUUCACGAAGCGUGUGUUUCGAAUGCAUACAAGCUUCUCAAGAACAGAUUCAAUGACAUACUCCGCAAAAACGAUUCGCUUGAGAAGAGCCAGAAGCUGCUACAACGACGAACCGAUCACGCAUCACGAGACAACCGCAGACUUCGUCGAGAACUGAAUCGUCAGCAAAACGACUGCAAGCUACUGACAAAAGAGAUCAAAAGUAUCUCGGCAGAAAAAUCGCAGUUAUAUGCACAACUUGAGGAAGAAAAAUUUCAAAAGCAGCUUGGCGAUGUUUUUCUUCAACAGUGUCUUGAUGAAAUUGGAGAACGACAACAAGAAAUAAGGGAAGAGAGAUCAAAGAGACAGGUGAAUGACUUGAUGGUUGAUCGGUGUCGCGACAAGAUCGAAAAGCAGAAGCUGGAGUUGGAAGAGAAGGAAAACCACCUCAGGACAUGCAAAGAAGCAGUGGUUGUAGCUUACAGUGAGAUUUCUAUGGUCAAAGCCCAAAAUCGUUAUCUGGAGCAGCGGCUGAUUGUUGGUGAGGACAACAUCUCUGAACUAAAUUGGCAACUAGAAAGGAAAAACGGAGAAACAGCAAGGCUGAACAUAAUUGUGGCGAAGUUAGAGAAAGAAAGAAGUGAGGCUAUGGACGGGUGCUAUUACCUUCAGGGUCAAAUUGGAAAGCUCAAGACUACUACAGUAAAUUAG